GAGACGGGUGGGAUUGCGAACUCGAUUCCAUUGCCUGCAGUCAUCUGGAAAAAGAGGCAACCAUCACUGCUCUGAGCUGUGACAUUCGUGUCCAAAGAGGGUGUAUUGAAGAAUUUUAAUGUCCACCAAUGGAAGCUUUCCUCUCUGUCGAGGGCGUGAGAUCAAGAUGUCUUAUCCUUCGCUGAUAGUUGCAGCUAAUCCUAUGUUUCCACAUUUUUAGAAAAAACAAAACCACAAAGCACUAAAAAUUAAGAUCCGCAUCAAGAUGUAUCUUGUCUCAGAGUACAUUACAAUCUCGCCUAUAUGGCUAUUGCUUAUAGUUCUGUUCUUGUUUCCUCUAUACUUCUUUCUUUUGGAUUUCUAUAUUUGGUUUCACCUCCCACCUGGCCCACUUCCAGUCCCGUUCGCAGGGAACAAGUUUCAAAUUCCAACCUCGAAAUACUGGCUCACAUUCACCCAAUGGUCUCGAGUCUAUGGUCCUAUCUACACAAUAUGGAUGGCCCGAACACCCAUCCUCAUUAUAUCCGAUCCAGAAAUCGCUGCAGAUCUUCUCAUAAAUCGUAGCGCCAAAUACUCCUCCCGACCUCGUGCGAUCGUCUUUUCGGAGAUCUACUCUCAACAAUCAAGCAUUGUCAUGCUACCAUACGGCCCAGCAUGGUCGAUCCGCCGCAAGCUUCUGCACCAUGCACUGAAAGGAAGGUCACUAGCAGCCUUUCAACCCGUCCAAGAAGCAGAAGCCUCGAAACUCGUAUCUCAGAUGCUACAUCAGCCCGAAACAUGGAGUUCAAGCAUUGAGCGUUACACCGCAACACUAGUCUUUAGCAUGGCAUACGGUCGUCGAAUCGAUACAUUAAAGUCCAAGAUCCUCCAGACACGAAAGCAGCUCAUGGAGGUAGCUCAUGCAAUUCUUGCACCAGGUGCCUACCUCGCAGAUAGCUUUCCUAUCCUUGCAAGUCUACCCGACUUCCUGGCUCCAUGGAAGAAAGAAGUCCGAGACUCAGGCAACGAGCACACAGAGUUCAACAUAAGACUUGUGGAUGUCGUGCGCAGUGACUUGCGCAAGAGUCGCGGCGAAGGAGUUGGCAGCAUGACGGAAACAAUGCUGCGUCUCAAAGAGCAAAGAAUGCUCGGCCACCAAUUGUCACAAGACAGAUACUUAUCAAGUGUGCCCGCUACGCUGUUCGGUGCUGGCGCAGACACAGUAUCUUCGACUUUGCACAGUACUGUCCUAGCCUUACUUACACACCCACACAUCUUGUCGAUUGCAAGACAGGAGAUCGACUCAGUGGUUGGAACCGAUCGUAGUCCAACAUUCGAAGACCACUUACCUUAUUGUGACGCACUCGUGAAAGAAGUCCUACGCUGGCGCCCAGUCGCUCCACUCGUCCUCCCUCACGCAACAACCGAAGCAGAUACAUACCAAUCCUGGAAAAUUCCACAGGGUACGAUAAUCAUCGUCAACACCUACGCAGUCAAUAAACACCCAGACUACUUCCCUCGCCCCGAAGAAUUCGCCCCAGAACGUUUCCUGGAUGAAAGAGACCCGCGAUACAGACCUGAAUUGAAGGGAAGAGAAUUCCCGGGAAGGUUUGGACAUGGGUCUUUUGGGUGGGGUAGGAGGGCUUGUGCUGGGGCUGAUUUAGCAUUGGCUAGUACUAGGAGUGCGGUGGUGAAGAUUGUUUGGGCGUGCGAGAUUGUGGGGUUGGAAGGGGAGGUGUAUGAUGUUGAUGCGUUUGAAGGAGGUAUUGUGCUAAAGCCGAGGGAUUUUAAAUGUGGGUUUAAGUUUAGAAGUGAAGAGCAUAAAGUGGUAAUGGAGAGGGGGUUAGAGGAUGCUGGGAGGGUUUUGGAGAAGUUUUUGCCGUUUGAGUAGGGAGGAUUUCCUUUGAGGAGAACACCUAUUUUCGUUAUUCGAAUAGCACUAGAUUGUCACUGGCUACAAAUUGAUACGAGGAGAGACAAUAUAUUAUUCAGUCAAACUAAGUAGACGGAGAGGUAUCAAGCUCAACACAA